AUGAAAGUCUUUUUGUUUUGUUUUUUGUUUUGUUUGUUGGGGUUUGGUCUUUUAAUAAAAAAGAGCACGAAGAACAUGCGUCGGACUCUCUCUCUUCCUUGAAUUCAUUCAAUUGGCCACGGCGACAAAACAGGGAGCCGAUACAGCGAAACUGAUACAUCUUUUUUUAUUUUCUGGAUUCUUAGGGUUCUUUUUCGGGGAAUUUAGGUAAUUUGUUUGUCCAUUUUGGUGGGGUUUGGGAGAUUUAAAAUUUGUGUUUUUUUUUGGGUCGGAUUCUCAAAAAUCUGAUUUUGAGGAGAAAAUCUCGGUGGAAGAGACUUGAUUCAAAUCUUCUUUACUGGUAAAAAUAUAUUCUUCUCAAUUCCUCAUUUUCUGUUGGUGGAGUUUGAUUUUUGUCAUUUAAUUGUUGUUAAAGAAAAUAGGGGCAAGAUCUGAGAUCUCUGGGUGUUCCAUGCAAAACUGUUAUACUCCGCCGUAUAUUUGCAUCUGGGUCACACUUCUAAACCCUAUCAUUUGACUUAAGAAUCGAUUUCUGAAGAUCUGGGUUUCUUAAAAGUCUUUCCUUUUUGUUGGGAUCCAAACAACAAAAGAAAAGAAAGCAGAGAUGAAUAUUGGUCGCCUAGUGUGGAACGAGGACGAUAAAGCGAUUGUUGCGUCAUUACUGGGCAAACGAGCUCUCGAUUACUUGCUUUCCAACUCUGUUUCCAAUGCUAAUCUCUUGAUGACUCUAGGAAGCGACGAGAAUCUGCAGAACAAGCUCUCGGAUCUCGUCGAGAGACCCAACGCUUCUAAUUUCUCUUGGAACUACGCCAUUUUCUGGCAGAUUUCCAGGUCAAAGGCCGGAGAUUUGGUUCUCUGUUGGGGCGAUGGAUAUUGCAGAGAGCCUAAAGAAGGAGAGAAAUCAGAGAUCGUUAGGAUUCUAAGUAUGGGAAGAGAAGAAGAAACGCAUCAGACUAUGAGAAAGAGAGUAUUGCAAAAGCUUCAUGAUUUGUUUGGUGGCUCAGAAGAAGAGAACUGUGCUUUAGGACUAGAUAGAGUUACUGACACUGAGAUGUUUCUUCUUUCUUCUAUGUAUUUCUCAUUCCCUCGAGGUGAAGGUGGUCCAGGCAAGUGUUUUGCCUCUGCUAAACCUGUUUGGUUAUCCGAUGUCGUCAAUUCGGGUUCUGAUUAUUGCGUUAGAUCGUUUCUUGCUAAAUCUGCUGGCAUUCAGACUGUUGUUUUGGUUCCUACUGAUCUUGGUGUUGUUGAGUUAGGCUCAACUUCAUGUUUGCCUGAAAGUGAAGACUCAAUCUUGUCUAUAAGAUCAUUGUUUACCAGUAGUUUGCCUCCGGUUAGAGCUGUUGCUUUACCUGUUACUGUAGCUGAAAAGAUUGAUGAUAACAGAACGAAGAUAUUCGGCAAGGAUUUGCACAAUUCAGGGUUUCUUCAACAUCAUCAGCAUCACCAACAACAACAACAACAACCACCGCAACAGCAACAGCAUAGACAGUUUAGAGAGAAACUCACGGUUAGAAAAAUGGAUGAUAGAGCUCCCAAGAGAUUAGAUGCUUAUCCGAAUAAUGGGAACAGGUUUAUGUUUUCGAACCCAGGCACCAACAACAACACUCUUCUGAGUCCUACUUGGGUUCAACCUGAGAACUACACGAGGCCAAUCAACGUGAAGGAAGUUCCAAGCACGGAUGAGUUCAAGUUUUUACCUUUGCAGCAAUCAUCGCAGAGGCUGCUUCCUCCUGCUCAAAUGCAGAUAGAUUUCUCUGCUGCGAGUUCAAGGGCUUCAGAGAAUAAUUCAGAUGGAGAAGGAGGAGGGGAAUGGGCAGAUGCAGUGGGUGCUGAUGAAUCUGGUAACAACAGACCAAGAAAACGCGGAAGGAGACCUGCCAACGGAAGAGCGGAAGCUUUGAACCAUGUAGAAGCAGAGAGGCAGAGGCGUGAGAAGCUUAACCAGAGGUUUUACGCUCUGAGAUCCGUUGUUCCCAACAUAUCCAAGAUGGACAAAGCGUCCUUGUUGGGAGACGCGGUUUCUUAUAUAAACGAGCUUCACGCGAAGCUAAAGGUCAUGGAAGCAGAGAGAGAGAGGUUAGGGUAUAGCUCAAAUCCACCUAUCAGCUUGGAUUCAGAUAUAAAUGUUCAAACCUCAGGUGAAGAUGUCACAGUGAGGAUAAACUGUCCGUUGGAGUCUCAUCCGGCUUCCAGAAUCUUCCAUGCGUUUGAAGAGAGUAAAGUAGAAGUGAUAAACUCGAACCUGGAAGUUUCUCAGGACACAGUGUUGCAUACGUUUGUAGUCAAAUCUGAAGAAUUAACGAAAGAGAAGCUGAUAUCGGCCUUGUCUAGAGAGCAAACAAAUUCAGUUCAGUCAAGAACAUCAUCAGGUAGAUAGCCUUUUGAGAGACAGAAGAAGGUGGAAGUAAGUUUGUAAUCAAGAACCGGUUUUGAAUGGUUCUUUUUUUCUUCUAGGUAUCUUUUGUUUUUACCUUUUUUUGGUUAUAUACCUGUAAGAAUCCUCCAAACUAGGAUUUUAGAAGUUUUAUUGACAAAAGUAGACAUUAUCAUUUACUCGUUUUACAGUGGACAAAGCUGGGAAUUAAGUAAUUAACGAUAAUGUUGUAUCUGUUAAAGUCGUAGACUAGCUCAUGAAUCAGUCUUUAUUCAUUCUGAUAUGUCCUAUGUGUUGGAUUUGGUGAAGUGUUUAAUCGACAAGUCAGAUAAGUG